ACACAUCCAAGGCCGGGCAACCCCUCGGUCGGGUGGUGACUUCUUCAGGGCUCGGACGAUGCCUGCGGGGGCGUCCGUGGAUCGCCGCGGCAGCUCCGUGUCUGCGCAGGACGCCAAGCUGUCUGUGGCGACCGCUCUGAUCUCGCGAGACGCUCUGGACGCCGAGAUAUCUGCCGAGAACCAAGACAUUCUGGAUGCCGAGGACUACCUCACCGGCGCCUCGCGCGGGGGCUACGCGGACAGCAUCAUCAGCAGCGAUGCGAGCAGCGACAGCGACAGCGACGAGGACGAAGGUGGCGCGCUGGACGUGACGCAGUUCUCGGCCGCGGAGCUGCAGGAGCAGAUCGGCCAGCAGUUCGUGGAGGGCAUCAACCCGUACGUGGAGCAGCUGGUGGGGGACGAAGAGGACUUUUACGUGGAAGACUCGUCAGAUGACGACGAUGACGAGCAGCAGCAGAACGCCAAGACGACGGAGGACAAGGAGAAAGAGCUCACCGAGUGGGAGAAUCCGUCCUACCUGGUGAAAGAUCUGGACACGGGCGAGAGCUACCGCGUCGAGGAGAUCGACCAACAGUUUACGCUCGUCACGCUGGACUCGGUGGCGGCGAAACAUGAGCACAAAGAGGAGCAGACGGAGGGGGCGGAGGUGACGGCCGAGUCCACGUCGUCGUACUUGUUGUCGCUGUACACGGCGGAUGAGACGGCGGAUAUCGAGAUUGAAGACGACCUGCCGGAAGCUGAAGCGAUGAACACGGCAGGAUCCAUGAGAGCUCGCAGCUCCAACAUGUCGGCGAUCUAUGCGCCGAGUGAUGAGUUGCCGACAGGGCCUCCGGUGAAGUGCAGUUUUCCUGGGUGUACGGAGAUGCACCAGCGCGUGUCGGGAUAUUGUGCGGAUCAUGAGAUGAUUGCCAAGGAAGAAGAGGACUCGCGUGCUCAGGCUCUGUAUCUGAUUCCAAGCGGUGCUCGUGCGGAGUUUAUCAAGAUCGGGAGUCAUGGGUUUGCGUACGAUGCGUCGAACCGACUGUACACCGUGUACGCCAUCGAAAUGCGCUGUGUGCAGUCCGGCGCGACGUGGGUCAUUUACCGUCGGUACCAGCAGUUCAAGGAGCUGAACGACCGUUUACGCCCCAUGGGAGUGCGCGUUCCAUUGCUGCCUCCUAAGAAGCUGCUGGGCUCGUUCGAGCCGGACUUCAUUGCGAAGCGGCAGAGCGAGCUGUCAAACUGGCUCCGUUGCCUUCUGAACUACGAUCGCGUGGACCAGUCGGCCAAAAAUCCACACUUGGUGGAGGAGGUGCGCAAGUUUUUGACGAGCAAGGCCGACCAGCCCCCGCUUCUGCUUGACAGGUUACCAUUAAAGCGCUCAAGAUUUUUCGGUGCGUCGCUGGCUGAUGACGUUGACGACGAAACAGGACGACUAUCCUCUGGUAACCAGAGUGUUACCCUUCAGGAUUUCAAGAUGAUUCAGGUGAUCGGCCGCGGGUCGUUCGGCAAGGUCGUGCUAGUGGGACACAAAACCACCAAAAAGCUGUACGCUAUGAAGAUUCUGUCAAAGGAGAAUAUCGUCAAGCGCAAGCAAGUGGAGCACACGCGCACGGAGCGCCGCGUGCUAGGGUGCACUCGGCACCCGUUCAUUGUCGGGCUUCACUACGCGUUCCAGACGGCGCAGCGGCUGUACUUUGUGCUUGACUACUGCCCCGGAGGCGAGCUGUUCUAUCACUUGUCGCGCAUGAAGAAGCUGCCGGAACACAUGGCGUGCUUCUACGCUGCUGAGAUCACGUUGGCCCUCGAGCAUCUCCAUGGUCUCGAGUAUCUCCCACCCGAGAUCUUGGACCGCCUCGGCCACGGAACAGCAGUGGACUGGUGGAACCUGGGCAUGGUGCUGUACGAGAUGCUGACGGGGCUGCCUCCAUGGUACACGAACGACCGCAAGAAGCUGUUCGAGCGUCUCCGCUCGGCGAGACUGCACUUUCCGCCGUACGUUUCACGGCGGGCCGAGGCGCUCAUUCGGCAGUUGUUGAAUCGCAACCCGGCCGAGCGGUUGGGGUCGAAAGGCGCCCACCAACUGAAGAACCACCUCUUCUUCGAAAGCAUCGACUGGGCGAAGCUGGCCAAGAAGCAGGUGACGCCACCGUUUCGACCGUGCCACUCGGCAAUGAACGACGGCGAGGCGCCGCUGAAUUUCGAGGCGGAGUUCACGCGCCUUCCGCUGCCAAGCGCGGAGAACGCGGUCGCAAGUCCGCACAGUGGGCGCGGAUUGGGGGCGUUGGGGGUGCGGUCACGACGGGACUCGGACACGUUCAAGGACUUCACGUACGAGAGUCCCGGGUAUCUCGAGUCUGUGGCGAAGAAGGAGGACGCCUGA